UCAGAUGGUGGGUCGCUUUCUGCUGCUUUGCGUAUUAUUCCAGCCAUCUCUCCAACUGCAAAAGAUCUCGGACAUUACUGUGGUGUCGCGGAUAUUCUAUUACCAUUCCAAUGUCAAUAUGCUGGUAUGUCCGGCAGGAGUGGAGGAUAUAUUGAUGCAGCUUUACCUGGGAUCGUCGGGAGCUUCGAACAGAGAGCUAAAAACCGCAUUGGGCGCUAGGGGCGCAAACCUGACGACCUUUAUGGAGUCCUAUCGAAGCUCCCGAUCACAGAUCGCAAGGGAUAAUCCACAAUAUCACUUCGCCAGUCGGUUAAUCACAGCCAAGAGCGUGAAGCUUCUACCCCACUUCCAGAAACUAUCCCAACAAUAUCUCAAUAUGACUACCGACAAUACCCUGAGUGCCCAGAAUGCCGCGAGCAUCAAUCAAUGGAUAUCCUCGGAAACAAAUGGUAAAAUCCAACAGCUGUUAGACCCACUGGCGUUGUUGAGCGACUCGUCAAAGCUUCUCUUCGUAAAUACCAACACCUUUGAAGCCAACUGGAUCGGCAUAAAGAGAACCAUUCAGCAGAAUUUUUUUAUGCCGCUGACGGAACAACAUGUCCCCACUACCAUGUUAAUGCUCGAGGGGAAAUAUUCAUACAUAUACCAAAAGAAAUUGGAGGCCUACGUGGUGAUUAUUCCCCUUUCCAACGCCACAAUGUCCAUGGCUCUGAUAGUGCCCAAAACCUUCAGGGGCAUUGCCAAAGUGGAGAAGAACCUGAAGUAUCUGGACUUGGAUGCUAGUCAUCUCAAAAAUGUUAGAAUCAAAGUGCCACUCUUCAGAAUCCACUACAGUCAGGAUGUGACCCAAGCACUGAUUGAUGUCGGAGUGAACCACAUAUUCACUCACACCGAUCUUGACAAGCUCACCAAACCGAGGCAGAGACUCAAAGUCGACAGGAUCUUGCAGUCAAAUUUUAUCGAAGUUAACAAUCAGGGAGUUUCGGCUGGAUCGGCUUCAGAUGAUUUCUUAAUGGACAGAACGAGUCCCAAAACAGUCAAGAUGUUAACAGUGAAUCGUCCUUUCUUGUUUGCUAUUGUGAAGGAUAAGAAGAUUUACUUCUUUGGUCGAGUUAUUCGACCUGAUGCUUGAACUUCAGUCUUAAAAUCUAAGCACUAUGAAUUCUUUCAAAUAAAAUAAGAUUUUGUUAAUCCGUAAGGAUUAACUUGAGCAAAGGGUACAUAAACCUAAUAU